GCUGACAAUUUUGAUAAUCUUGAUACUACAACUUCAUCAGAACCUGAAGUCAACGAAGAAGGUCCGUUACGUAAAAGACGACGUUUUAAUGAGAUAUCACGUGAGAUCAGACCAUACUAUUCCAAACCAAAAACAAAUUUACAGCUGCUUCCUGUAGAUGCGUUUAAUACCGUAAUUGAUGCUUGUCAAGGUGCUACAGAAAUAGCAACAGAUAAAGAUUUGUUAUGGAUAAUGUCAUUAUCAAAAUUAGAUUCUGUUCCUAUGUGGCUGGGUUACAAUUGUUUGAUAUUAACCGAUCCCAGUGAAAAGCAGAAGAUCGAGUAUUUACCUCUAAUUAAUUCAUCUCCGACGUCUUAUGCGAUAGUAAAUGAAACACUUAUCAUGGCCAAUGAAAUCGCUGAAAAAUGCCAACAGGAGCAAAUAAUUGUCACGUAUGACUUAGCGAUAGCUAAAAUGGCUAUGAAAAUCCAAGAAAAAGAAAAGCCUAAAUUUGAUAAAGUUUUUAUGACAUUUUUUAAAGCAAUCGGAAAAUAUGUAGAUGGCAGUGGAUUGGUAGACAUACUGGUUCAAGCAGAAGUUUUAGCCAACGGUUCUAUGAACAGCUUUUUAGACAGCAAACACUUCAAUCGUUGUAAACGUCUGCAUCCACUACUUGCUGCUGCAUUACAAGUAUUGCACUUUGAAAAAUAUUUAAGCACAACAAAUGUGACUUCAGAAAUGUUGACUGAUUUAUUACAAAUGCAAAUGCACAAUACAACGAAUGAAAAUUCUCGCGACAUCAACGAGGUUAUCGAAUUACCCGAUUUAUUAAGUCGUAUUUUCAAUGGGUACAAAGAGUUCAGCCGCCAGACUUUGAUGGGUGAAAAAGGCAAAACUGCUCAAUUUUACUAUCAGUAUUGUGAGCUAAUUAACUUAUUCUUUCGGUUUUCAAGAAGCAUCCGCAGCAGUAAUUUGGAAUUAUAUAUGGACUCCAUCUAUAACAUGAUGGGUGCUCAGCCACAGUAUGAGAACCACAAUACUGUCAACAAUAAAAGAAAUAUUAAACUCACAAAAAAAGAUGAUACUUCUCACUCGUUGCAGAGAAGCAAAAUUAAAAAAGACAAAGAAAGCCUUGAUAGUAUAAUUAAGGCAAUCAAAGAAACAAUGGACCCAUUCGAUGAUGCCACCGAUGAAAAAUUGUUGUUUAACAUUUCGUCUGGUAAAGCACCAUCGCCGGAAGUUAAUAAGUUUCUCCUAAAUAUGAAAAUAGCCGGCAAUCAACAAAAGCUCGAUUUUGUUUCCGACUGUUCUUCGAAUCCCGAUAGAUUUGAAAAACCGAUAAAACGCAAUAAAAUCAUAAAUUUUGCUUCCCAAUGCUCAACUAAAAUUCUCAUGACUAAAGACAAAAGUAAAAAAGUUUUACUAAAAAUGGAACGAGACAUUUUUGGAAGACUCCUGGCUAUUAGCGUAAAGAAGAAAAUUAAUCUGGAACAUUGUCUGACCUUUCCACUGGCACCAAUGCCGCCUGCACUUUUUUCACUUACUGGUGAAAUGUUAAAAACGCCCAAAUCAACAUUUGCAAACAGUUUAAAAUCUCAGGUCGAAAUGGUUGAGCCCACCAAUAUUGAUGUUGAAAUAAUAGACGGGUUCUACUUUUUGUACUUAAUUGGAAAUUCCAUGCCACAGACAUUUGAAAAAGUUGCAGAGUCAAUACUAAUGAAAAUUUGUGCAUCACAAGCUAAAGAAAUCCAUUUAAUAUUCGACCAAUAUGUAACACCCUCCAUCAAGGAUUCCGAACGCCAAAGUCGAAAAGAGUUUGAUGUACCAUAUAAAAUUACAGGACCUCAACAAAUUAGACCCAAAGAUUUUGUGCAAAGCCUUAAAAAUUAUCGAUUCAAGGAUGCU